GGGCCCCUGGGGAGGCUCGAGUCCCCGGCUCCCGGGGCGCUUUCCGUGCGCCCACGCGGGCGGGGGCCGAGCCGCGCUUCCUGCGCGAACCCACCUCUCCCCCGGGGCGCCGGCGGUCAGGUGGUUGCCUGCGCGUGGCUGCCGCUCCGCCGGGACCGGCACCCGCUCUCAGGCUCUCCUCGGCGCGGCCCCCUCGACUGCCCUAACCGCACCCUUCCCCCAGCCCGGUCCCGCAGGCGAGGGAGCGCGACUCCCUCCCCAGAUGUUACGGCCCCGCCUGAGGGCCUGGGCCCACCGGUGGCUUUCGGGUGGAACGCGGAGGCCCCCGGGGGAUGCCAGAAGGUGUCCACGUGUUGGCGUGGGCUCAGCCCAAAAUGUAGGCCCUCAGAGCCCCAGCAGAAGCUGUGAAUCAGGCCUGGGCCGCUGAUGGUUUUGGCGAAGUACCCUAAGGUAGCUGGGCCGGCCCCCUCUUUCCCACCUACCUCUUGCCCUUCCCCCCACAUCACCACCACCCUGGCUCCCCUCCCUCAUGACCGCCUGGAUCCUCCUUCCUGUCAGCUUGUCAGCAUUCUCUAUCACUGGCCUAUGGACUGUGUAUGCCAUGGCCGUGAUGAACCGCCACGCAUGCCCUGUGGAGAACUGGUCCUACAACGAGUCCUGCUCUCCUGACCCCGCUGAACAAGGGGGCCCCAAGACUUGCUGCACCCUGGAUGAUGUCCCCCUCAUCAGCAAGUGUGGCACAUAUCCCCCAGAGAGCUGCCUCUUCAGCCUCAUUGGCAACAUGGGUGCUUUCAUGGUGGCUCUGAUCUGCCUGCUGCGCUACGGGCAGCUCCUGGAGCAGAGUCGUCAUUCCUGGGUCAACACCACAACGCUCAUCACAGGCUGCACCAACGCUGCGGGCCUUGUGGUGGUCGGCAACUUCCAGGUGGAUCAUGCUAAGUCUCUGCACUACAUCGGAACUGGUGUGGCCUUCUCCGCCGGGCUGCUCUUUGUCUGCCUGCACUGUGCCCUCUGCUACCACGGGGCCACAGCCCCCCAGGACCUGGCUAUGGCCUACGUGCGGAUUGUGCUGGCAGCCAUCGCCUUUGUCACCCUGAUCCUCAGUGCGGUCUUCUUUAUGCACGAGAGCUCUCAGCUGCAGCAUGGGGCAGCCCUGUGCGAGUGGGUGUUUGUCAUUGACAUCCUCAUUUUCUACGGCACUUUCAGCUAUGAAUUCGGAGCAGUGUCAUCAGAGACGCUGGUGGCUGCGCUGCAGCCUGCCCCUGGCCGGGCCGCCAAGUCCUCUGGGAGCAGUCGCACCUCCACUCACCUCACCUGUGCCCCCGAAAGCAUCGCCAUGAUCUGAGGUCUGGGGAGGGUGGCCGGGCCAACCUCACCAGCUCCCACCUCAUAACUUUGCAUUUAUUUUGUACCAAAAAUGGUUUUGAGAAAGUGUUGUCGGGAUAUAGGCUUCCUUGCUGCUGGAGCAGUGGCCAUCCCACACCCACCCAUGCCAUGGAGGAACAGGCCCGGCAGGUGCCUAGGCUGCACACAACCUACUCCCUUACUCUGCACUGUUGUUUUUAUGUUCAAAGGUCACAUAUUCUUAUUUCACCCAGCCAGCCCUUCAGGUGCCUUCUACUCCCCAGUGCCGAAGCCAAACCACUGGGGUUUCCUGCUGCAGGAAUUGGGGGCUGGGAACAGCAAGAAGGAUAGAAUUUGGGGUGGAGGGAUAGGCACUCCUUAGACUGUGGGAAGGCCCACUUUGGGGCCCACUGAGCUGCACUGGGAUUCUUCACUCUGCCCUUUUCUUUCUUUCGGGCAAAUAACACAGCAGAACCAUGUGGGUAUUUUAGUACUUUUAUAUAUAUAUACAUAUAUCUAUCUAUCUAUCUAUCUAUAUAUAUAUAUAUAUAUAUAUUAAAAGAAUUCUAAUUUGCAUGUUUGUAGUCUGUUCUGAAGAGUCAAGAGAGAGACUAACCCAGGAUGGCUUUCCCUAGGCAAAGGAUGGGCAAAAUCCCCUGCCCCCAGAGAGUCCUGAGUGGCCACUGCUCUUUGAGAACAGGGCUGCCAAGAAUAAAGACUGCCAGGUGCUAUCCAAAUACCCCUCAAGGGCCUGAAACCCUUUCUAGGACUUUAAACAGUCUAAAGAACUGACCUGAUCCUUCUUCUACUCAAGAGUGUGGUUUGAAGUUUGCUUCCUCAGUAGGUAAUACUGGGGUGGGGCAGAGGUGGGGGCAGAGGGAAUCCACGGAGCAACUUCAAACUGAUAGGAACAGUUUUCACAAUGAAGCUAAAGAAAGCCUGUGGGAUUCCAAGAUUUACUAAAAAUUGCAGGGGAGAGAGAUGUAGGCUCUCUUUUUUUUCUUUACCAUCUGUAAGUAACUAUUGGAUGCCAGACCCUGACACAUUUUGCUUUCCAACAAUGAAUGCACAGGCCCAAGCCCUGGCUGAUCUAGUAGCCAGGUUUUUGACCUGGGCUCCACUUCUCUCAGGCCAGACUGAGCAGUGUGUACACUUAACAGGAAGGGACACACAGCCUGGUGCUUUCUGUGUUUCAGGACCACCUUCCCCAGUAGCAGUAGGGACCUCAUGGAGGGUACGGAACCCCUGCCCAGGCUUGUGAGCAAUGCAGUGCAGGGUGGGUAAAGAAAAUUUUAAUGAGGAUUUGAGGUGCAAGAGAAAGAUGUGGAAGACUGGUACUCAGCCCCAGGCACCUCAUGUGUACAUGGCUCCAUGGAGGUUCUCAAGUCGGUGCUUUUGCUGCUGCUUGCGAGCCUGAAGGAAAGAGAGCACAAUGGGCAUGAGCCAUAUGUGAAGGCCUGUGGGUGGAGCAAUGGGACAGCUAUCAUGGAGCUAUCACUGUUUUCAGGCUCCUAGCAUGUGCAUUGCCAAGGCUCUUGCCCCUCACCAGAGUCACCAGGAAGACGACAAGAGCCAAGGACCCUGAGGCCUACCCAGACCUGCUAAGGUAGGAAAUGAGAACAAAAGGACAGCGACUGGGGGGCCCCAUUACCACCCUCUCCACUUACCACCAGCCCCUACCUUAUCUCGUCUAUGUUCCUCGUAAGUGUCAUCAUCAGUGGGCAGCUCAUGGCGGCACAAGGGGCAGGAAUUUGUCUGAGGAAAGGAGGACAGUGUUCCAGCCCAAGUCUGGUAUUCAUAAGUUAAUAUUCAUCCCCUGCUCCCAAUACCCACCCCUACCCCUCUCCCUUUUCUGAUCCCCUAACAGUUCAUAAAAAGAACUUGAGAGGCUUGAGAACUGGGCCCAGGGCAAGUGAGGGCUGAGAAAAAGGAAGUAGUACCUUGCUUAGCCAGGGCAGAAUGCAGCUGGAAUGGAAGAGGUGAUGGCAAGGCAUCUCAAUGGCAGUCUCCUCCUCCUCAAAUUCCAAAAGACACACGGGGCACUUGAGCUCUUUAGGAGGGAGUGCUGAUCAGGAGAGCCGCUACAGGCCCUACCUCCCAGCUCCCACUCUUCAAGGACAUUCUUGCCCCAACCUGACCUGGAAAACUGAAGGGCCAGACCAGUCUAGCUUGGGAGGGAGUGGGUCUGACAAACCUGCCCUAAACAGUGGAAAGAAUUAGUGUUCUCACCGGCCUGAGAGCCCCUGAUGACUCUCCUAGGAAGGUUCUCAACGACAGCUUUGGCAGCAGGUGGAGGCAGAUGAUGUUCCCAAUCUACUACCAACCCCAAGUCUUCAAAGUCCAUCCUAUUGAAAAGUGACCUGGGAAGAACGGCGCAUGGUCAGAACCACAGAAAACCAUACUUUCUCUUUGCCAACAGCCCACUAGGCAUUAUAGCAAAUAAAUGCCCUGCAGCUAGUACCCUGCAGAAGUACUCACUAGAUAAAAAGCACAGUGGGAAGUGGUUUACAGCUGCUAUAAGACAACCCCAAGCAUGCAAGCAGUUUAGUCCCACUUUACACAUGAGGCAACAGGCUUAGAAGUUACUCAGGCUAUGUAGGAAUGACCUGGUAAAGCCAGAUUCCCAGUGGCAGCGCUGGCUGCCGUGCUUGGUGUUCCUAACUAAUGUACCUACUCACACCCACACGGCCCUUCCCUUACCCCCAUCACCCAUAUUCUCCCUCACCUGCUACAACCGGCUGCCUUCCCGCUCCCUACUCCCCCUACUCUCCAGUUACAGUCUUUCCCACAAUCUCUUUGCCCAGCCCGUCUAUGGAUGAUCCAAAUUAUUGAUCUCCCUCGAAUCUCGUCUCUGGACUAACUCUCCAGAUUACUCAUCCUUCCUCCUCAGAAUGGAGGCCCUAUAUAAUCAGCCUUCUCCAGCCAGCCCAAGCCCAGAAACCUGCUGCCUGCGCCCCCACCUCCCAGCAUCGCGUACCCACCUUGCGAGCUCCAGCAGCAUAUUGGUUCGGGCCUGCUGCUCGGAAUCCAACGGCUCGCAGUCGUGUUCAUCGAAAUACGACGCCAUCGCAGCGGUGCUGUCUCACACAGCCCUCGAACCCCGCUGGACUGCGGCCCCGUGGCUCUGGCCAAUAAAUUGCCGAGCUGAGAGAGGAAGACCAAUCAGAGCACCCGAAAGGCGGGAACAGAGACUCGUUUGCCGCACUGAAAGCGGAAGUAUUAAUUCUGCCGCCUCUCGUUGGCUCGAGUAAGUCAGGUGACCAAAGGCUAAAGCCAAUGGCAGGAUCUGGGGCUGGUCCGGAAACGUCUGUUUUGGACUCCUAACCUGGGGUAGGUACGUGGGAGUGUCGCGUAAUUCGCGUCCACAGAGCGGUGAAAAGGGAAGUGUCGAGGCUGUAGGGGGUCCUGAGUCCGCGCUGCGGUUCAGCAGGGUUAGGACGCACAGGUGUUAAAGGCCCUCCGAGAAAGGGAGGCGCUGGCCUAGGGGCUGAGGGUACUGCGAACCUGGAAUCACCGCGUUUCCCGCUGCUCUGUCCGGCCCCGCCAGGCUGCACACCAUCAUGGGGCUUGAACUCACACAACCAUGAGAUCAAGAGUCGCAUGCUCUACUGACUGAGCCAGCCAGCCGCCCCUCUACAGGUGAUUCCUACUGUGAGGCUAGGCUGAGGACUACUGCACUAAAUGAUUUGGAUGAUAGCUACCAUUUAUUUGGCAUCCAGAACCCUUACAUUGAUGGAUGUUUUACACUCAGUAUAAACAAUCCUCAUGAUUGUUCUGGGAGUUAAGUAUGUCCCUUUUUACAUAUGUAAAACCCAAGUCCCGGAAGUGGCUUGCCCAAAUUCACGUGGCCUCUAAGUGGUUUUGCUGACCAACUGCAGGGCCAAGUGUUUUUCUCCAUCUUUCUCAGGAAAAGAAGAUGGUAAUGAGCCCAGUAGAAGUAACAAGCCCUGUGAUGGGUAAAGCUCCACACAACUCUCAGGGGCCUUUGAUAACCUGCAUCGAGUAUUUCCAUCAAGCACUACAGGCUGCUGAGAAGGCUGUACAUCCUGACAGUAAUAACGGCCACCAUUCAAUGGACACAGAGCUAAGCACUGCCUGCUGUUUGUCCUCCGUAUCUUAUUUAAUCCUCACAACCCACUGAAGGCAUGCUGUUCUCCCAGUUUUAUAAGAAACUGAGGCUCAGAGGGGUUAAACCAUCUGUCCAAGGUCACAGAGGCAGUAACUAGACGAUCUGGGAUUUGAACCAAUACACUGUAAACUCCAAGAAUCACAUUCUUAACCACUGUGCUAAAGUGAAUGCAAGUACAGGGAGGUCAAAUACUUUAGCUGGCUAGUAAAGACUCCCCAGACCUUCUGAUGCUGCCAGUUCCACUGGUGCGCACACGAGGGAAGCCCAUGGUUCAAAACCCACAUUCACUGGACAGUGCAUACGAGAGGACCAUCCAGAAGAUGAAUGAAUUCAAGCUCUUACCCAUUCAGUUGUCAUCUUUCCCAUCAUUUUGUUCCUGCUCUAUCACCUAUACCUGCCACCAUGACUGGCACAGAAGAAAUGCCCAAGAAAUACUUGUUGAUUGAAUGAAUCAGAGGAGGACAAGGAAGAAAGACCAAGGAGGGAAGGGGGUGGAAGAAGGAAGGGAAAGCGCUGGGGGCAGAGAAAGGGGCAAGACUGAAAGAAACAGAGGGAUGGGGCUAGGAGACGGGUAGGGGAGAAAGGUCAAUGUACCCUCCCUGGGCUCUGAUUCACUAUUUGCCUCAGGUGAGCCUAUGAGAGUGCCAGAGUUUUCCAGUACCCCUCAGUAAAUUAUCCUGGCCUCAGCCUUCAUUUCAGGAGUUUCCUCUUCUCCCCAAGUGCUAGAGGCCAACUGGAAGCCCACCCCUAGCCCUGGCUGAUCCCUUGCCCUGCAUGCUAGGAAGUGGGCUCUGAGCUCUGUCCCAUUCUUGGAGCCUCCCUCAGUUUCCUGGCGUGGCCUUAGAGCUCAGUGCAACCUUCCUGCCCCACUUCCUCUUCCUGCCUCCAGUUCCCUAGAGAUGAGGCCAUCCAGGCAUCAUAACCCCCAGCCAGGCCACAUCCAUCACACCUCUGCCAGCUUCUCCAGGGCAGAAUCUUAAAGCACCGAGCCUGCUUCCUGCCCAGCCCAUCUUCCCAGGAGUCCAGGGGACAGAGGAAGCAACUGGCACCACCUGUUCCUGACACCUUUGCCUCAUAGCUGGCAAGUGGGGACACAGGCCAGAGUCUGCAGCAGGAGUGGGGGAUGACUCACCUCCAGAAUGUGUCCCUAGGCAGAGGUUAGGAGUCAGGCCUGUGCCACACUCUGGUAACUUCAGUGGAACUUUCAUGGUAAACAUCUCCCUUGAUCUUUCCCCAGGGGAAGGAGUGUGCCCUCCAACACCCUGCCAUGGGGCUGGCAGAGCCUCUGGCAGCCCAUCUGCUCAGGUUUCCAACUCCCAGGCCACACUUGGCUCUUCACAGCUCCAGGAAAGGCUGAAGAGGUCAUCACAUUACCUACCACUUCUCAGGAGAAGGUUCUGAGUGCCAGGCAGGGCUCUGCCAUUGGAUCUCCCUUAACCUCACAAGGACCGGCAAGGCGGGUAUUGCUGACCCCACUUCACAGAUGCGGAAAAGGAGGCUCAGGAAGGUUAAGUGACUUGCCCGGGCUCACAGAGCCAGCUGCCCGCGCGCCCCGAGUGGAGGCUCUGGCCCCCAUCCUGCUCCUGGCGGUGGCCACCUCACCGGGGGACCGGCGCGGAUCCCGGAGGUCGCCUCCCACCUCGGACUUCAGACUCCGGCCUCCCACCCACACGUCGCCCAUUGCCUCCCUGCGCGGUCGGCUCCGCCCCGCCCGGGGCCCUCACCAUCGCUGCUGCCGCCGCUGGGCCGGCUCCCGCUCCUCUGUCGCCGAGCGGCCGCGGUGCCACACACCCGGGAGGAAGCGGAGGGGCGGGGCCGCGGCCGCGGGGGCGGGGGGCGCGCCUGCCCCGAGCCCGCACCCGGGCCAACGAAAAGCGAAAGCUGCAGGCGUCCGGCCCAGCUUCGCCUGGCUCCCCAGCCCCCGGAACCGGGCGCCUGCGCCUGAGCAGCCCGGGGCUCGUUCUGCGCUCGGCACCCCCACACGUCGGGGGGCCCAGUGAAAUGGGCUCUGGAGACAGGCAUCGCCCGCAACAAGCAACCGUCCCAGUGCCACAGCGAUGGCGCUGUGCUAGAGACGACGCGGACCGCCAGCCAGGCGGGGUCUCUGCCACCUCGGUGAAUGCAUGCCACCGGUACCCAAAAACCGACUCCGCAAGAAAGUUUUGGAACGAAAGAAAGUUUAUUCACAAUCAACAUUGUGAAUGCACUACCUACCACUGAAUUGUCUACUUUGAAACGGCACCGCUGUGUGUUACAAUUGUACAUACACGUAUACACUGUAUGUUGUGUGAAUGGCGCCUCGCUUAAAAAAGAAAACGGACCCCCAUGAAGAAGGUGCUAGUUCUGGCUUUUCCGUAUUUCCCUCUUCACCACAAGGGCAGCUGCAGUCCUGCCCUCAUAUGACCCUGCUCCUCCAUCGGAAGAUGGGCGAGGCCACCCCUCCAGAGCCUUCCUGACUCUACCCGUUCUCGCCCUCUCCUCUCACUGCUGCAAACAAGUCACAGCCACCUGUUCUCCACCCCACCCCCUGCCACCCCCAACACAACUGUGGCUGCUCUUGAGGAAGGAGGUUGAGGGCUUCCCUCCUUGGGUUGAGCCCCUGUGAGCACAGCCCUCAUCCCCACCCUGGGCACUCUGGGUCCCAGGGAAGAGGUUUCACCCCAGUUCUGUGGACCUUGAGUCCAGGAGUGGCCUGAGGAGAGAGGAUGGCUGUAGUCUGACCUAGGAGGACAAAGACAGCCCAGAGGGCUUUUUUUUUUUUUUUUCUUUUUCCUCCCUGGCUUUCAGAGUAUGAUUUCAGGACUUGCCAGUAGGAGUCCCAGAUUCUGUCUCCCAAACCUGUCCCUUCUACACCCCCUCCCCAAAACAGGGUUUUUUUUGUUUUUGUUUGUUUUUUUUUUAAUACUGGAAAGCUCAGGGGAGAAAUAGGGACAGAGAUGACAAGAACCCUUUCCCCAAACCAAGAGAGAGGAAAGAGUGGCAAUGAGGUGGAACCUGGUGGGGAGGAGGGAAGCCCAAAGACAAAGAGGCCCAUUGUACAUGGAGGGGAAGGAGGGCCAUAGGCCCUGUCCUAUGACACUGACUGGGCCCAACCACGAGACAUGGGGAGAGAUGCUUGCCCCCUCAGCUGAGACCCAGAGGCCCUGCUAAGUCCCAAAGGGGCAGGGGCAGACAAAAGACAAAUAGAACUUUGUAGAACCAGGGGCACCCAGCUGGCUCAGUCGGAAGAGCAUGAGACUCUUGAUCUCGGGGUUGUGAGGAUAAGCCCCAUGAUGGGUUGUAGAGAUUACUUAAAAAAAAAAAAAGAA